CCUAAAGGAACAAGGCAAAACUUUCAUUCUUCCAAAUCAAAUGAGGGAAGAAGACAACAAAGCUCUGGGCAUCGGCUACUAAGUGGAUGAAGACAAGCUGUACAUGCUAACCUCUGUUAACUUCUCCAAAAGAAAGAAGAUGAGAGUCGGCAAAGAUCUUCUCGAAAAGGAGGUGAGAACUGAAACACCCAACCCCCUGACAAGAAGGGCUCUCUCAAGCCAAGUAGCUGGACUGUACAACCCAAUUGGCCUAGCAGCACCAGUCAAACAGAAGGGAGCAAUUCUUGUCAUGGAAAAAAGAAAAUAGAAAAAUAAUAAUGUUUUAACAGUGUGAGCUUGUAGAUCAACCAUUAUAAAAUUGUUUUGUUUUUUUAGUACAAUUGGCAACUUGUGAAGCAGGACAUAAUGCAUAAUGAAUACCUUUUGCUCUUGGUAAAAAAAAAAUACUUACUUUUACUUACUAAAAUACUAAUACCAAUACUUUUAGAUUUUUAGUAUUAGCAUUUCCUAUAGCACUGCUAAUGCAUUAACAAAUUAAUAUUGGAAUAAUUCAACUAAUGCGUCCCAUUUCUACCACACACAGUGAAAAACAAUCUAUGACAAUUACAGUUAAACACAAAUUUAACUAUAUAAAAAAAAAAUAACACUGGAUAAACAAAAACAACAGUACUAGCAUCACAAUAGACUUAAUUUUCUAAUUUAAAUUGAUAGCCUAACUAGCAGCUUUUAAGCUAGGCUCCAACAGAGAGAGCAGGCCCUUAUUUCCUUUCAUGACAACACACGUUAGCAUGGACUAUUUGAUGGUGUUGGGCCCACGCUGGCUAAACUAGCCACAAGCUAGCCCUCGUAGUAGCAACCAGGCUACAUGCGAACUCAAGUUUAACAUUUGCCGUGAAUGCAUUUCACCGUCACGCAUCAUGAUGCACGACGGUGGGAGGACCAAAGCUUGCAAAAAUAAACAUUUUCUAUAAUAUCUCCUGCAGCACCCACCUCUUUUCAGCCGAAAGUAUAAUUCUCGAACUCUGGAACGACUGGAACUUCUGUUGUAGUCCGACGGUCAUGAGGUUGAGUGUGGACAAAGCGCAAUGCUUCAGCCGGAUGUUGUGCGGUCCACAAUUUGAAGCCGUUUUCAUGUUAUGGUCCGAUUAUGGUAUGAUCUCCAUAAGGGUGUAAGGCUGGGCUCUUGCAGAGCUACCAAAUACUUUUUUGUCACUCAUCUCGUGUUCUUGCGGCUAUGUCGGUAACUUUUAUCACGGACUACUUUGCUCCUGGUGGAAUAAGAAUGGUCACGUGAGCGUGCUCCAUCAAUACGGUGGCUGGAUUACUGUCACGGUGGCAGCAGGCGUUACCCAGUCGGAUAAAACACAUUAAAUCUAAUAAUGAAAUGGAAUUUCAGCGACUAACUUUGUUGUCGAGUGCGCAGCAGGACCCAGGCUUUAAGAUCCAAAGUUGGUUUUUUUUGGCCAUAUAUGCGUUUUGACCGGAUAAGGCGAAAACACUGGUCACACUCCGGAGUGUUAUUUGACACCCAUAGAUUAAGAUCAGUUCUGCAAUGUUCAGUUAUCAUUUUAAAUAAUCAACUCUUGAAUUGUAGAUUAAAAUCAAUUGUCUAGAUUUGGUCUAUAUGUAGACGUUGAAAUGACGUAUACAUUUUUACGUCUAAAUUACGUCUAAAAAUAGACCGAAUCCCAACAUUGUAAUGAAGUAUAAAUUUAUACGUGUAAGUGAUGUCUACAUCUAUACUAUGCUGCAUAUCUCUUCACAGUAUCAUAAGUAAUCUAAUCCAGUAUUUAGAGGUCAGUUAUGCACCCUACAGUUGUCUUUUUCAUAAAAAGUUAUCGAAUAAUAAGUUUUGUGCAAAGUGUAAAUCACGUCUAAAAAUAGACCGAAUUCCGACGUUGAAAUGAAGUAUAUAUUUAUACAUGUAAAUGACGUCUACAUCUAUACUAUGCUGCAUAUCUCUCCACGGUAUCAUAAGUAAUGUAAUCCAGUAUUGAGAGGUCAGUUAUGCACAAUACUCAACUCAACUCAACUCAACUCAACUUUAUUUGUAGAGCACUUUAUAACAACCACAGCUGUACAAAGUGCUGUACAUAACUAGACAAAACAACAAGAUAAAAAACAAUCAAGAAACAAUUAAAACAAUGGAUAAAAUAAAAGCAGAAUUAAUAAUAAAAUAUAGCUUCAAUGUUUUUAAAAACUAAUUUAAAAACAUAGAAACAAAUACAGAAGUUUAUUGCAUAAUAAGUUAUCGAAAAAUGAAGUUAAGGGCGAAGUAUAAAUCAUGUCUAAAAAUAGCUGGAAUCCCGACAUUGAAAUGAAGUAUAAAUUUAGACUAGACCUCUAAUAAACGUCUUUUGCUCAGUGGGUUGUUAAAUUUCUCACUCGUUGACAGCUAUAUUUUGAACUGGCAUUUGCACAGUCACCGAUUUCCUUCUUCCUAUGUUUCGUGCAUUCAUCUUCAUCUUUGACCCAAUAAACUCAUUCCGCUAGACAUGCAUGUCUCAAAAGGCCCCAUAAAUUGAUACGAUUCGGUUGCAAGUGUGUAAUUAGAUGGUGAAUGAUAAACGGAAUGUCAACAAAGGUCCUCAAAAGCCAUGCCUCUUGAACAUCUGCUUGGAGUGUCACCAGUUAACUUAACACCAGUUAAACCGACACACCGUGUACGCAGCACUAUUCUGAAAGGAGGUGCUGCAACUGAUCUUCUGCAGGACUUAAGCAUGUUGUGAGUCGACUGAACAAUUUAUUGAUCAUGAAGAGUUUUGUGACAUUUGCUUAAAAAAAGUUUAAAGGUAAUGAAAAUUAAUGGAAAGUUUUGUCUGCCAGUGCUGUACAGGAAAACAAACCCUCUGUGUGUGUGUGACCGGUCAGCAACAAAAGAAGUCCAUCAACUCAUCACUGUGACUCUCAGAGCCGAAGAAACUUUUGAUCCAGCAUUAGAAAAGUUGUUGCUCACACAAUGCCGGACCUUUAACUGGUAUGUAUUUGUUUCAGCAGUCACAUCAUUUGUUUGUGUUCAUCUGAUGUGACAACCUUCACUUCUCUCUGUAAAUCACAGAACUCAGCAUGAGCUGAAGAACUAGCAAAGUCCUGCAGAUCUUCAUUGUGGCUUCCUAGAACCAAGCACUGAGUCAACAGCAGAGAAGGGUUCUGACCUGGGGAACAACAGCUCUGAGCUUCACCAAGUAUGUCUCAUCUUCUGGUGUAACUGUUGUCUUUCCUCUCAGCUCAUCACAGAACCAGCUCUACAUAAGCUGCAAAGCCAAACCCAGCAACCAGGGACCCUGAAGCCACUUGAUCUCUGCUGACCUUAGAACUCGAAAAUACUGCAUGAUUAGUUGUCCUGGGAGGGGAUCCCUCUAAGAUCUGGCCUACCUAAAGGUUUUUUCCUCUUGUCCUGAGAAAGCAUUUUUUGGGGGAGUUUUUUCCUGACAUGCUUAGAGGUUCGAAGGCUGAUGGUGCCAUAUACACCACAUGUUGUUCUAUUGCUGUUUUAUUUAUUUAUUUAUUUUUUCUGAUUCAAUGUCAAUAGAGUAACAAUAUGGAAGUCUUGAGUUUUAAUUCACUUUUAUAAAAGAAUGAAUAAUUUCACAUGCUUACAAUCACAACAGUUUAAAUGUGUGAAAUAUGAAAGUUUUAAUCUGUUUAAAUGAAUAGAAAAUUGUACAAAGGAGCAGUAUGAGGCAUGAAUGGUCAGAGGGAUUUAUACUGUGGAAAACUAAAACCUGAAGGCACUGCCUGAUGGAAAUUUAGUAGGUUUAGAAAACAAGGCAGGUAUGAAUAUGAUGAAACAGUUAAUGUCAGAAUUUUUGUAGAAUAAGACAUGAAUAGUGAGAAUUAUUAUAUCAAAACAACUCAGACUCCACUGAGGAUCUACCUGGUUUCACUCUUAUAAGCUCUUCGGCCAUAUUAUGUUCCAAGAAAAUUGAGUCAUAUCAUAACAAUAGUUGUUUACAUUCCACCCAAAUCAACUGAAGAAAUUCCUUGUGCUGUUUUGCAAAAUAGUGUAGCCAGGCUACAGACUCAACACCCUGAGGUACUAAUAAUCUAAUAAUCUAAUAAUAUCGGGAGACUUCAACCAUGUCACCCUCUUCUCUCACCUGACUGGAUUCACACAGUUUGUGAACUAUCCUAUCAGAGAAAACAAAAGUCUGGAUUUGCUGUAUGCCAACAUCAAAGAAGCCUACAGAGCCACUGCCUUAGCAUCACUGGGCAAGUCAGAACAUAACUUGGUCUAUCUGCAAACCUGUUACAGACGUUGUGUACUGAGGCAGCCUGUUAUCAAAGGCAAAAUCAGAUGAUGGAUACCUCAAGCUAGUGAAGCUCUUAGGGACUGUUUUAAAUCAACAGACUGGAAUGUGCUGCUGGAAAAAGAUGUGGAUAGUAUGAACAUUGAUAAAAAGGUUGACUGCUUUACUGAUUAUGUCAACUUAUGUAGAGACACCAAUAUACCCACCAAGACUGUUCGCUGUUUCGCCAACAUCAAACCCUGGAUCACAAGUGACAUAAAAGCAAUCUUUAACCACUAAAAGAAAGCUUUUAAAGAUGGUUACAAAGAACGACUCAAACAAGUGCAACAAGAGUUGAAGAAGAGACUGAAGAUUGCAAAGCUGGAGUACAAAAAGGAGAUAGAAAAGAAUCUACAACACAGCAACAUCCGUGAAGUGUGGAGAGGAAUCUAUACCAUAUCUGGAUACAGCAAUAAAAAGAAAAGACAGCCAGUGGUGGGUGAUCUGGGAAGAGCUGAUGAACUCACCCUGUUCUUCAACAGAUUGGACACUGCUGUCACUCCCACCUCCACUGCUACUGCACCUUCCUCUCCGCAAAAUUCUCCACUACAACUUCUCCCCUUCCUCCUCCCUCUUAUUCAAAUGUCUUAACCACUUCAACUGCCUCCCUCCUAGAACACCAGUUCUUGUCUGUCACCGAAACAGGGGUGAGGAUGGAGAUUGGAAGACUUUGUCCUGGGAAGGCAGCUGGUCCAGAUGGUGUGUGUCCAAGGCUGCUUAGAGACUGUGCUGCAGAACUGUGUCAACCUCUCCACAAGAUCUUCAACCUGAGUCUACCGCUGGGGCAAGUACCUACUCUGUGGAAAACAUCCUACAUUGUGCCAGUACCAAAAACAAAAUGUCCGGCUGAACUCAAGGACUACAGACCAGCGGCCCUCACUUCACACAUCAUGAAAACCCUGGAGCGGCUGAUUCUACGCCUUCUGAGGUCUGAGGUCAAAGACAAACUGGAUUCCCUGCAGUAUGCACACAAAGAACACAAUGGAGUGGAUGAUGCUGUCCUCUACAUGCUUCACCGUGCCCUGUCUCAUCUGGAGGAACCUGGGCUUUAUGUGAGGAUCAUGUUCUUUGACUUUUCAAGUGGAUUCAACACCUUUUAACCUACCAUACUUAAAGACAAGCUCACAGAGAUGGGAGUGGAUCCUUCCUGUGUUUCCUGGAUCGCAGAUUACCUGACUGGGAGGCCACAGUUUGUCAGGCUGGGAAACUGUGUUUCUGGGACAUUAAUGAGCAGUACAGGGGCUCGACAAGGGACAGUGCUGGCGCCAUUCCUGUUCACACCGUAUACUUUAGACUUAAAAUACAGCACUGAGUCCUGCCACGUCCAGAAAUACUCAGAUGACACCGCUAUUGUGGCAUGUAUCAGAAAUUGACAAGAAGCUGAAUACAGAGAUCUAAUAAGGGCCUUCAGUGACUCGAGUCACAAAAAGUGCCUCCUUCUCAACACCUAAAGGACAAAGGAGAUGGUCAUAGACUUCCAUAGACCCAAACCCCCUCUUCAGCCAGUGAACACCUGUAGAGUGGACAUCGAAGUGGUGACAUCAUAUAAAUGCCUAGGUGUACAUCUGGAUAUCGCAACAACAUGCAAUCUGAUUGGUCAGAAGUAAGCACACAGUAUGGGAAACUUUAGAAAAAUCGACCAUGAUCUGAAAAAAUAAAUGCCACAAUAUCGCAGGAUGGGAAAACGUUGCUGAUGUGAACGCUUGUAUUGACAGGAUACGGGUUCGAAAAAAUAUGUUGACGUCCAAAAUAAUUUCACAAAAAAAACGCUGUCACACGGCUGCCAUCUUACCUAGGGGCUGAUUUAAUGACAAGCCAUAUGAUGCUCUUAUUUGUAAGUGACAGUCCACACGUGUACAAAUACUCACAACAUCAGGCGGAGGUUCAUCCUGGUGCAGAUCCAUUGGCAGGUUUUCUUCUGCUCUUCCAGAGGCAGCUGUGCUUCUUGUUGCUACCGGCUAAAAUAAACAGUUAAAUAUUAAAAUGUUCUUGAUGCACAACUCUUAAUGUAUUCCUAAACUUGCAGAAUCAUAAAACAUUGAUUUAUCUAUCUUAAACUGCUUGAAUUCUUGUUGGCCAAUGGUACACAUACCCUUUGGAGAUGAGCAGGGAAGUUGAAAAUGGUUGGCACAACACCAGCUCUAAGCCGGACAGUCUGCCCUGUCCUGUCAAAAUCCUCACUCCUGAAAUGUUAGCAGCAUAGUUUGGAGUUUUUAGUUGAAACAAAAUGCUCCUUUUGUAGAGCAAGUUCCAAUUGCCUCCUCUUCUCUGCGUUUUGGGGAAACCUUAAACACAUGAGAAGAUAUCGAGAUAUGAAUUAUUGACAACAUUUUACAUCCUUCUUACCUUUAACAUUAAUGGUGAAGACAGAAAGACAGAGCUAAAUUAUGAUAUUGUUGGGGUAAUUCUUGUAGCCUAUGCUUGAAUGCCAUUAUGUAAACUUAAAUAACAAGUCAAUAACAGUCUGUCUAUGAUGUCCUGCCCAGCCCGUCAAACCUCUUCCUUUGGGGCAAGGCUGAAGCUCCAUCAUGUACCUUGUGCCAGGGGAGGGGAACACUGAAGCACAUCCUCAGCAGCUGUCGUAAGGCACUUGGAGAUGGCCGCCAUCGUUGGCGCCACAACCAGGUGCUGAAGGCAGUUGCUGAGUCCAUCCACUCUGCCAUUGACCACAGCAAGUACCUGCAACCACUGAGGCACAGAAUAGCAUUUAUGAGGGCUGGGGAAAAAACCUCCUCCCCAACCAAAGGCCCAAACAGGACUCCUGGGAACAGCAAAGGACUGGCAGCUGAGGGUGGACUUAGGAAAACAGCUUAAGUUCCCUUAGAACAUCACGGAAACCAGCCUGAGACCAGACAUAGUCCUACAAUCAGAGUCUUCCAAGCAGGUCAUCAUGUUGGAGCUGACGGUGCCCUGGGAGGAGAGGAUGGAGGAAGCCAGUGGGAGAAAGAGGGAGAAGUACGCCGAGCUGGUGGAGGACUGCCGCAACAGGGGGUGGCAUGCAAGAUGCCUGCCCAUUGAGGUCAGUCGGGGGAAGGGGCUUUGCAGGGAAGUCACUCUGCAGGGCCUACAGUCUCCUAGGCAUCACAGGGGCAUGUAAGAGGAAAGCCAUCUGCUGAGCUUCAGAAGCAGCUGAGAAAGCAUCACGAUGGCUGUGGAUUCAGAGGGACAAGGCGUGGAUGAGCGCUUCUUGAACACAGGCCGGGAACUGAUCACUCCCGGUCGGGUCGCCUGGGUGAGGGGGUCUGAAGUUGAAAGACCCGAAACCCCCCGUGAUCCCAGGUACUAUCACUGAUGAUGUGUCCAAGAUUUUGCAUCGCAAGAUGUUUUCGAACAACUACAGUAACAUGUUAAAAAAAAUGUGAAAAAGAAAUAUUCAAUGAUUAUGUAAACAAAUGGUAGAAACAUUUUUAAAACGUCAAGGUGAAAAUAACUUGAAUUGUACAAGUACAAAUUUAACUAAGGUAGUAACAAUUAUCCUAAAUAUGUCCCUCAAGUCAUUUCUUACAAGUGAAAGUUGAUUCCACAGACUCUUGUUUGAACAGAACGUUCAUUUGAGCAUCCAUGUGCUGCACAAAAGUCUGGCAUCUUGGACUGUAGGGGGUAUUUCUAUAAACGCAAAGCCAGGCAUUUACUUUAUCACAAUGAAUCUAAAUUAAGGAUAUAUUUAACUAAUGAAACAGCUUGGAAAUCAUAUUAUGUAUGUUAAAACAAAGGAGUAAUUCUGCCUUUCCCACCUGUAAAUUUAUUAUGUCUAGGCUACUUUGUAAUAGUCCCAGUGAGGUCAUGGUUUAGGGGCUUGGUCAUUGUAAAGAGGCGGGGUCAUGUUGUAGAGGUGGGAUCAUAUUUGGCAGGGUCAUGUUAGAGGCGGGCUUAUGUUGUAGAGGUAGGGUCAUGUUAGAGGCGGGGUCCUGUUGUAGAGGCGCGGUCAUGUUAGAGUUGGAGUCACGUUGUAGAGGAGGGGUCAUUUUGUAGAGGCGGGGUCAUGGUUGAGAGGUUGGGUCAUUGUGUAGAGGCAGGUCAUCUUGUAGAGGAGGGAUGAUAUUUGGCGGGGUUAUGUUGUAAAGGCGGGGUCAUUAAAGAGGCAUGGUCAUGUUAGAGGCGGGACUUCUAGAAAGGUGGGGUUAUGUUAGAGGUGGGGUCAUGUUGGAGGUGGGAUCAGGUUGGAGACGCAAUCAUGUUGUAGAGGUGGGAUCAUGUUAGGGAGGCUGGGUCGUGUUGUAGAGAUGGGGUCAUGUUAAAGGCAGGGUCAUAUUAGACAGGCGGUGUCAUGGUUUAGAGGCAGGUUCAUGUUAAAGAGACUGGAAAAUGUUGGUGAGGCAGGGUCAUAGCUAAGAGGUGGGGUCAUGCUAGAGGCUGGGUCAUGUUGAAGAGGCGGUAUCAUGUAAGAAGCUGUUUCAUGUUGUAAAGGAGGGGUCAUUGUUAAGAGGAAGGGUCAUGUUGUAGAGGAGGGUCCAUUUUUAAGAGGCGAGGUCAUGUUAGAGAAGGGGUCAUGUUAUAGGUGGGGGUCAUUUUGUAGAGGUGGGGUCAUGUUCUAGAGGUGGGGUCAUGAUUUAAAGGCAGGUUCAUGUUAGAGAGGUGGGUUGUGUUGAAGAGGCGGGGUCAUGUAAAAGGUAGGGUGAUGUUACAGUCAGGGUCAUGUCAGGGAGGCAGUGUCAUUUUUAAGAGGCAGGGUCAUGUAAUAGUUAGGUUCAUGUUGGAGGUGGGUCAUGUUGUGGAGGCAGGGUCAUGUCGUAGAGGUGAGGUCAUGUUAGAGGUGGGUCAUGUUAGAGGCUGGGUCAUGUUAUUGAGGCAAGUCAUGUAGAGGCGGUGUUAUGGUUUAGAGCUGGGGUCAGAUUAGAGAGGUGGGGUCAUGUUAUAGAGGCAAAGUCAUGUCAGGGAGGUGGGGUCCUUUACAGAGACAGGGUCAUGACAGAGGUGGGGUCAUGUUAGAGGUGAGAUCAUGUUAAAAGCCGGGGUCAUGUUGCAGAGGGGGGGUCAUGUUGUAGAAGCAGGGCCAUGUAAGAGGUAGGGUCAUGUUAGAGGCAGAGACUCCUAGAGAGGCAGGUUCAUGUAAAAAGUGGGGUCAUGUUAGAGAUGGGAUCAUUUAAGAGGCGAGGCAUGUUAUAGAGUGGGGUCAUGUGAGAGGCGAGGUCAUGGUUUAGAGGCGGGAUCAUUGUGUAGAGGAGGGGUCAUGUUCUAGGGGCAGGGUUUUGUUGAAGAUUCGGGCUUAUGUUAGAGGUAGGGUGAUAUAAGAGGCGGGGUCAUGUUGGAGAGGCGGGGUCAUGUUAGAGGUGAGGGCCAUCGCUCUGUAUUGCUGUGUUUUUGCACAGCCCACCAUGAACAAAUAUUAGCCAUCAACAAUUAGAUGAACCCAGUAUUUUCGUGAGCCCCUGUGUUAGUGAGAAUAAAGAACAAACAAGUGUAUUUGACCCUGAACAGACUGACUGAAUUGGUGCGGAGUGAAGACCACUGCUGCAGCUAAGUACAACCAAUUGAGCAGUAAGGCCAUAGCAUAUCAACGGGGAUUCGUGAGCUUUUGCUAGUGAGAAUUGAGGUGGAACAUGUGUAUUUAGCUCUUAACAGAAUGCCUUACUUUACGCAGAACAUAACAUGCUGGAAUUUUGAUGAAAAACCCUGUUUUGAUGUGAGCAAAUGGCCCUUUGUUGUAAGGUGGACAGCAUGGAGCUGCACUUUUGGUUUUCAGAAACAGCAGAGGUGUUAGAAAGACUGGAUUAAAAUAUCUUGCUCUCUUUUUAAAAUCUGCAUUUAUACAGCUAGGGACUCUAAACCGUUUUAAAAUUACAGUAUUCAUUUUCAAGUAGGUCUGGUGACUUUGUCCUUAGUGUCAGUCCGUAUGCAGUAGAUGGCGCUGUGUGCAUUAAGGGACCAAAAGUGAACGCUAAGAGAAGGAGACACAUGAUACAGAGCUGCACAGAUGCUAACAUGUUUUUGUCACCAUUCAUGUGGGAAAGAUGCUCAGAAAACAUAACCGGAAUGAAAUAUAACCAUGUUAUGACAUUUAAAAGCUUAAGGCUGUGAUUGUGAUGUGGAGUGUGAUUUUGAACGGGACUUUGAAGGAGACCAGUUAACUGAGUGGUAAUUUACUAUGGCGACACGGCGCAAAUAAUGUUAAAAACGAGUUAUUAAUAAAAUAAAACAGGAAUAAAAAUUUAUGUGCUACACAAAAGAUCAACCACAGUGUCAUUCUUAAAAGUUUAACACAAAACUUGAAUUAAAUUGAAAAUAUUGGUCUAUGUUACACGUCAUAACCUUUUCUAUUUAUCACUCUGGUCAGGGGAAUUUAGUUUACUGCUAAAAUCCCUGCAUUUUGUACACCAUGUGUAGUCUUUUUGAUUAAGGAGCAAAUCAACUUCUGAACACUACAAUCAUUAGCAUGCAUUGUGAUCACUGAUGUGUGUAUGUCUAACUGUAAAUGUUUCGUUAUGCCCACUUAAAAACCUCAAUCAGCACAGUCUGAGGCAAAGAUCUGUGACAAAUUGUCAUUGUAGUGUUAAUAUAGCAAGCUAUUAUUAUGGUAUUUUAUACAAUUAUGUGUAUAUAUAGUAAUACCAAACAUUUAAUAUUUUGGUAUUUGGCCAUUAUAGUCAUUGAUGGUUUCUUCUACUUACUGCGGUUGUGAUCAUGCUGUUAAAUUUAAACAGUAUAAAGUAUCCUCAUUAGAGGCGUAACACUAUGCUCCUAUCUGUUUUAAUAUUUGCAUAUUCAGAGAUAGUAGUUUUUUGUUAUUGAGGGAUUGUAUAUCUAAUGAGCUGAUAAUACAUUCUUUCAAGUUUUCACUGGUAAAACUACCAGAUGGUGUGUACAUGUGAGAUUAUAUAAUUUACAUUAACUUUCUUUCCUUUUUUUCAAGGAUGCGGGCGAUAAGAGUCAAGUACGGCGAUCGUCAAAAGUACAUUUGUUAUGAAGGGCAACUGACUUUCAAGUGCUUUUUGGAAUGUGGUGAGUGGAAAAUAUUUUACUAACCACAGAAAUAAGAUUUUUUUUUUCCUGCAUCCUUUUUUUUUAAAUCAUGAGCUUCAUAUGUUUGUAGUUUUUUAAGGGUUUUUCAAAUUUACAUGGUUGCAGUACAACUUUUCAUAAACAAGAUGGCAUGACUGAUGUUCCACAAAGACAUUAUAGAUAAAGUUUGCUUUUAACUUCCGUCCAGUCGGCUGUAGUUGGUGGGCUGUUGAUGACAGAUAUUCAUCUUUCUUAAAGAAAGAUGAUCUUUCUUAAAGAAAGAUGAAUAUCUGUCAUCAACAGCCCACCAACUACAUACAACUUAUAACUCAAGCUUAAAUUAAUUUAACUUAAAUUAAUUUAACUUAAACAUAAUUAAAAAGGGAGAUUCUAGUUGUGGUGUAGUUCUAUAAUACUUAAACUGACAGAACAGUUGCAACAGUUUUUAUUUAUACAGCUUUAAAUCACAACAGUAAUCUCAGGGUGCUUUAUUAGUAGAGCAGGUAAAUAUCACUCUACUAAUUGAAUAAACCAAACAAAUUCCCAACUAAUGUGCUAGAGAUGGGUACAGAAGUCAAAUUAGUUUGAAGCUAUCUGGUACAGUGCAUCUAAUUGUGGCAUUUGUUUUGACUGUAUAUUGUCAAUUAUUAAAUAAAAUAAUUCAAUUGAAGGUAGGAUUAACCUGUAAGGGUGAAUUGAGUCAGUUUUGAGAUUACAGCAACAAUUCAAAAUAAGGUGCCCUUUGAUUUACUCUUGAUUCACAGCAAAUCCAUCAGUAAUGUUCAGUAAUGCAAUUUUAUGUUGUCAUCAUAGUUGCCAAGAAAUUUGACAUUCCAACCCUGGACGUCAAAGUAUAUGAUGACUCCAAAACUGAAAUUGAUGAGAAGGGGUUUGAGUUUCUUCUAAGGAGUCAAGACCUUGGAGUUCUGGAGAUAUGUAUGCCUGAAAAACCAAACCUUGAUGGUGAGUUGAGUCUUACAUCCAUUCAUACAUUUCUGCCUGACUAAACAUGUUCUGAAUUAGGGCUGGACAUUGUCAUAAAAUUUAUAUCAUGUUGGAGUUUGAAGCAGUAAAUCAAAGUGAACAGUCACAUUUCAUUUUACGCCAUUUUUUCUGCGCUAACCUGUCUCUCUCAAUCCCAAACCUAAAUGGGAUUUACAUUGUGUAAAGUUUUGUAUUAAUCUCACCUGUCAAAUCUGAACAUGUUUGCUAGAUUCAAUGAGCUCCUCUGCAAGUUGCUCCUAUGAAAGUUUCAGUGGAGAUAAUGAGGGGGAUUCUGAUAGCACCAUCAUAUUGCAGCCCAGUCCGACUCAAAGAUGUGCAAAUGAGGAUGCUUCUCUAGCUCAGGUGAGCUCAGUAGAUUUUCUUGCAUAUUUUUAGAAUGUUUAAACACACUAUUUCAAACGUUAAGAUUGUGAGUGAUAAAUUACAGAUGAAUUGAAGUUUUGACAUGUUUUACUGUACAGCACUUGCCUAUCCUUGUUAAACUUUUAGAUGGGCCGUUUCUUUUGAAGACAUUUUUAUAAAAAGAUAUCCAUAAUAUUUUUCAAAAUAAAGUUGUGAAAAAUUUAUAUACACCACAAGCCAAAAGUUUGGAAGCAAGAUCAGAGUUGUACAAAAAAAGAUAAUAGUUUCAUAUAUAUAAUUUGCAACACAAUAAACAUGACUGUUGUGUAAGGGCUUCUGUCUGGGGAGAAGUAUCCCAUAUUUGGACAAUUUUAUUGCUUUUUCAAACAGACCCCACCUCUUUAAAUCAGACGGCCUUCACCUGAACCAGGAGGGGUCAAGGCUUUUAUCAGUAAAUAUUGACCUGACGCUCCGGUCCUACACAACCACCUCCUGACUGUCUGCACACAGGCCCUCUGCACCUCAUUUACACUCACCUUCACCACUCCCUACCUACACUAUACACGCCCCUCCCUCUGUGCCCUCAGUGGCACAGGACAAGAUUUACACCAUCACAACCAUAACCACACAUAGACUACUUAGGAAGAGGAGGACUGCUUUUAGACCAAAAUGUGUUUUUAAUGUUCCCUUAGAAAAAUGCACUGAGCGCACGUCCAGCACAGAUAUUAAAAUGGCUGUGCUGAACGUGCGCUCUCUUUUAAACAAAUCUUUUAUCAUCAAUGACAUAAUUACGGACAAUAACCUGGACAGCAUUCUCCUUACAGAGACAUGGCUUGGCACUGAUGCACCUGUUAUUCUCACCGAGGCUUCCCCAAAUUUUUACUUUUUAUUUUCAACUAGGGGGUGCAGAAGAGGGGGUGGUACUGCCUCAAUUACAAAAUGCAACAUGCAUACAAAUGAAGUCAUUUUUAACAGCUACUCAUCAUUUGAGUACCAUGCCUUCGUUUUUAGCAGCCCACCUAUCCUCUGUAUAACUGUCUACCGACCUCCCAAGUAUUCCACUUCUUUUAUUCGGGAAUUUUCAGAGCUUUUAUCAAUUAUUUAUGCCACUUUUAACAGGAUUUUAAUAACUGGUGAUUUUAAUCUACAUGUGGACAUCUCCUCAGACCCAAUGUCCAGAGAAUUUUUAAACCUUUUACACUGCUUUGAUUUUAACCAAUAUGUCACACAGCCGACCCACAGCAGGGGGCGCACCUUGGACUUAGUCAUAUCUUAUGGUCUGUCCAUUGGAGCACCCUCUGUUGUGGACCUGGCUGUGUCUGACCAUUUUUGUGUCUUUUUUACAAUCACCAGUUUUAAUCAGAGGGAGGCCCCGGUGAGAACAGUAAACGUUACUUAACUUCUGAAGUGGCUGCAAAUUUUAUCCAGAUCUUACAGAGAAUUCCAGAUGAAAUUUUACCAGCACCCUGCAAUUUUGUCACUGACAACCUGAACAACAAAAUGAAGUCAGCACUGGACUCAGUGGCUCCACUUUUUACAAAAACAGUCAAAUCAAAACCUACAUCCCUGUGGAGAACUGAAGACAUUAAAAAAUUGAAAAGGGACUGCAGGAGUGCUGAAAAGAGAUGGAGGAAAUCAAAGCUGACAGUGGAUUAUGAAAUAUUACACCGACUUCUUAAGAUUUACAAUAACGCAAUCAAACAAGCAAGAAGUUCCCACUUCCAAAAUCUAAUCCAUAACCAUAAAAAUAAUCCCAAAUUCCUGUUCUCCACAAUAGAUCUUUUAACAAACAAAAAUUUUAAAAGAUCCUCCAUAACACCUGAUAAUGUCCUUUGUGAGGAUUUUGCAGACCACUUCAGACGAAAAAUAGAUGACAUUCAAUCCAGUCUUUUAUCCCGACAGCUUUUAACACCUGGAUCACAGAGUUUACCUGAGGAAGCACUGGAAAGUUUUGCCCUGGUUGAUGCGAGGACACUUGGUCGAGUUUUCUCCCAGGUAAGGCCCACAACCUGCCUUUUAGACCCAAUUCCCACACCGUUUUUUAAAAAACUCUAUGGAUUCUUCGAGGAACAGCUGUUGUAUUUAGUAAACUGCUCUCUUCAGACGGGUGUCUUCCCCACCGCCGUUUUAAAGGCGGUGGUGAAGCCCCUUCUGAGGAAGAGUGAUUUGGAUCCCAAUGUUUUAAAUAACUACCGGCCUGUAUCCAACCUACCAUUUUUAGGUAAAGUUCUGGAAAAACUCGUUUUUAACCAAGUAAAUGAUUUUUUAAACUCAAAACAUAUUUUAGAGACUCAUCAGUCUGGCUUUAGGAGGAACCACAGCACAGAGACAGCACUUCUGAAGAUUUUAAAUGACAUCAGAUGUGACUUAGAUAACCACAAACUCACAGUGUUGGUUCUGCUGGAUCUAACAGCCGCCUUCGAUACAAUAGACCAUCACAUUUUAUUAAAUAGACUGCAGAAUGUGGUUGGCCUCUCUGGUACUGUUCUUAAGUGGUUCACGUCCUACCUGACUGAUCGAAAUUUCUUUAUAAGUAUGGAUACAUGUUCCUCAAGGACCCAUAAAAUCGAGUGUGGGGUUCCCCAAGGGUCAAUUCUAGGUCCAACUCUGUUCAACCUCUACAUGUUACUCCUUGGGGAUGUCAUCAGGAGGCACGGCAUCAGCUUCCAUAGCUAUGCUGAUGAUACGCAACUGUACAUCGCCGUGUCUCCAGAUGACACAGGGCCAAUUGAUGCCCUUUUUAACUGCAUUUUAGACAUUAAAUCAUGGAUGGCAGCAAAUUUCCUGCAGCUCAACCAGGCCAAAACAGAGGUUUUAGUCAUUGGUCCUGAAGGCCAGAGAGAGAAACUUUUACCAAAGUUACAGGAUUUUAAACCUUCAAAAUCUGUAAAAAAUCUGGGCGUGAUUUUCGACUCCAAGCUCACGUUUAUUCCACAUAUCAAAAACAUAACAAAGAUAGGUUUCUGCCAUCUAAAGAAUAUAGGCAGAGUCCGCCCGUUUCUCUCUCAGGCCAGCACGGAGGUGCUGAUGCAUGCUUUUAUCUCGUGUCGUUUGGAUUAUUGUAAUGCCCUGCUCUCUGGUCUUCCCAAAAAGAACAUGCAAAACCUACAAUUAUUACAAAACUCAGCCGCAUGUGUGCUGACGAGGACCAGAGGGCGGGAGCACAUUACUCCUGUCUUAAAAUCGCUGCAUUGGCUCCCCGUAUGUUUCAGGAUCCAUUUUAAGGUUCUCCUCUUAAUUUUUAAGUGUCUUAAUGGUCUUGGGCCGUUUUAUUUAUCCGAGAUACUUUUACCUUAUCAACCCUCACGGACCCUGAGGUCCUCUGGAGCUGGUCUCUUAAAAAUCCCACAAGUAAGGACUAAGACAUACAGGGCGGCGGCAUUCAGUUAUUAUGGCCCCCGAUUGUGGAACAGCCUCCCAGAGAGCCUCAGGGCUGCAGAGAAUGCCGAUAUUUUCAAAAAGAGGCUAAAGACUCAUCUUUUUAAUCAGGCUUUUAACUGACUAGUUUAACUCUUUUAAUCCCUUUUAUGCUCACUUUUAUUGUUUCACUAUCUAACACUUUUUAUUACCGUUCUAUUUUAUACUUCAAUCUAUCAAUAUUAUUAUUAUUAUUUUUAGUCUGGCGUGUUUUACAGUGCACAGAAUCAUUUUUUAUUUACUGGGUCUGUCUUAGCGAUUACAGUUUAUUCCUUCAGUUUUAGUUUCUAUACUUUUAUGUCUUAUUUUAUUCUUUUAGUCCCUCAGUUUUUCCAGUGUUUCCUCCUGGGGCUGCUUCACCGGGAGCGGGUUCUGGUCUGUUGGUGGGGGCGUCGUUCUGGGGACAGCUCUGGCCCGGCUGGAACCAGAGAGCUCUACACCUUGGUGUGGAGCCUCCUGUCUGCCCGGGCUGGUGGUCCCUGUGACGGCGCCCCCUGCAGCAAUGGGCCGGGAUGCCUCCCAGUCGACGUGGCCCCCAAAGGUAGCGUCUUCCUCACCUCAGAUCUCAGUGCCCAGUCAUGUCUCCUCACCAUCAGCUGCUGACUGUGUAGGUGCGUGUGUUUGUGAAGUUGUGUGUGUGGAAAUGUAUGUCUAUGUGCACGGGUGUGUGUAUGGGUAUAAUUGUGCGGGUGGGAGGUUUGGGGUUUUCUUGGGGAUUUUAAUGUUUCAUUUUCUUUUUAUGCUUUGUAAGGCCCUUUGUGUUACAACUUUGUAUGAAAAGUGCCAUAUAAAUGAAAUAAAGUUGAAGUUAAAAUAGUAACUUAUCAGAAGACAUUUUGACUAUAAUUAUUAGGUAUUUGAGUUAUUGUUGCUUAGACUUUGCUUUCCUUAAAGUAACCUCCUCUGGCUUUAACAACAGCUUGACAUAUACCAGGCAUUCGUUCCACAAGUUUUUUAAGGUAUGUUCCAGGGAUUGCAUUCCAAGCUUUCUUAAGUUCAUUAAAAAAAGACUGCUGAUUUGUGGGACGCGUUUUUCUGACCAAUCGAUCCAAUUCAUCCCACACAAGCUCAAUUGAGAAAGGUCUGUAGACUGAGGGGGCCAAACCAUCUUAUGAAGAAUACCUUCCUCUUCUUUUUUGUCUAGGUAACCCUGACAGAGCUUGGCAGAGUGCUUAGGGUCAUUGUCUUGCUGCAAAACAAGUCUGAGUCCAGAUGGAACGGCAUGGUGCUGGAGGAUGGAGUGGUAAUGUUCCUUCUCGAUGAUGCCCUUUACUUCAAACAAAGCUCCUACUGCAUCACCUGCAAAACAUCCCCAUACCAUGGAACUACCACCUCCAUGCUGAAUUGUGGGUGUAACACAUGGUGCUUUCAGACGUUCACCAGUUUGUCUGCGGACAUAGACUCUGCCUUUUGAAUGAAACAGUGCAAACUUGUUUCUAGUCAUCAUAAGUCCAAUUUUUGUGAGCUUUUGCCCACUCAUAUCUCUUUUUAUUGUUCUGUGGAUGAAGUAGUGUUUUUUGCAGACACACAACCCUUCAGACCAGCCUUUCUCAAAUGUCAUUUCACGGUUCUCAGAGAUACGGGUUUCGACCUUGUCAUGUUGAUUUCCUCCCUUAUUUUUGGUGCUGUCUUUUGCCGAUCUCUCUUACUGGUGACAAUGCUAUGUUUAUCCUCUGCUUUUGUAGUAACUCUCUUUUGUUCAGGUCUUUUUCUAUCAUCAUAACUUCCAGGUUCCUCUAGUCUCCUCAGAGUGUAGUGGACUCCUUUGUUAAACACCUAAAGGCGUUUUGCAAUUUCUCUUUCUAUGUAUCCUUCUUUCCUCAAUGUACAAAUAUUUACUUUUGUUUCUUUACUCAGCUGCUUUUUUCUAGCCAUGUUUGCAGUAGUUUAAACGCAGUUGAUAUUUAUUAGGAUUUUUGUAGACAGACUCUCAAAAGCCAAAAAGUUGAAGUGAAUAAUCCAACUGUGAUUUGUUUUUUUUUUGCUUUUGCACUGAAGUUGUGACUCUUGCAAAUGUUUUCAACCCUAAAACUAAGGCCUUAUUUUCUUUUGCUGACAUAUAUUUAGCAAUGGUCUGUUAACAUCAAUGUAUAUCUAAAGGUAAAUGAAGUAAAAUGGUGCAUUUCCAUGAAAGCAACGUCUGAUCAUGGAGUAAAUACAUCCUAAAAUACAUAAAACUCAUGCUGGAUUUUAAAAAAAGCAUUGUGAACAAAAACUUGAAGUUACUCCCAACUGUUCGGCCUGUAAUGUCCUUGCUUCCAAACUUUUGGCGUGUAGUGUACAUUUCAGAAAUUAGCAUACAUUCCUAUAACGCACUUCAAAAAAGUUUUAGAGAAAGUCUAACCUGAGCAUCAUCACUCUAAUUGUUUCUUGAUUAAAUGAUAAAGUAAAAAAAUCUGACUAUUGCUCAGAAAAUUGAAAACAUUCUGAGUACGAAGCCUGGAGGAGAGAGGAUCCUGAAUGAAUAUGCCCGGGCAAAAAGCCUAACUGAUUCCAGAAGACGUGAUCUGGUCAAGAUAUUGGUUGCACAUAUGACAAGUGAACAUGGGUAUGUUUGCAAACCUACGUGUAAAAAUCUUUUUUUGUCUCUGUUGUAAAACAUCCAUCCUUUUGCAGGUUUCAGAUGCAUGUAAUACUAAAAUUUGAUCUUAAGGGAUGUCUAUGUAUCUGUGUGUGCAUGUGUAGGACGAGUCCUUCGAGGACAAACAGGAAUAUGCAAGGGGCAUCACUGCCUUGUUUCCAUACUUGGCUGAUCCUAGGGGCAGGUUUGGCUAUGUAAGUUAAUCAAAACUAAAUUUAAUCAUUUUCUCGUUCACCUCUCUGUUCUCUGGGGCUCCUAAACUGUAAAAAGUAAACAUACUCUGCUUGUAUUGGGUGGUUCAGUCCAACUUAAUUUUUUUGUUUGUUUGUUUGUUUUUUGCCCACCUUCAUUUUCAUAAAAAAGCUAAAUGUUAAACUCUUCUCCUUUAUUGAGCAGAUCUUUCUGUGGAUAUGUAUAUUAUAAAGGAAAAGUUUAAAAAUAUAUUUAUCCUGCUCAACCAAACUGAAUGUCUUUUUACUGUAGGAGCAUUUUUACAAUGCAGGAGAUGGGAGUGGGUAUCUGGCACAGAGACUGAAAUCUCUCCAAAAGGAAGCAUCAGAGGGACAAAAGAGGACUGGCCGACAGUUGCUCACACAGACAGGUAUGCUCAUUUUAAUUGUACGUUGACUGAAAGUGUAGUUCAUGGUUUAUGAUUGAAGAAUGAUUAUAUGAGGGGCUUGUAGGGGUGCAAGAAAAUAUUCAAAGCACUUAAAUAUGGGUCAGAUCAGUGCUUUAUUUUGUCAGCAAAGUGUCUACACUGUUACAGGUGGUCCAGAAGGUGAUCGAGAACCCUUUCUGGAGGAGAACUGGCUAAGCACAGACUCCCUGUGUUCAGAGGCUUUUAGAGGCGGAUGAAGCAGUUGUCAAGGAGAAGAUGAAGCAAACCUUCACCUUUCGCCAAGAUGGUUCAUGACCCAGUGAAGUCUUCCGACAUAUUCACAGCGUUUCCAAGAUUCCUAGACGUACCAGGAUCCUCAACUUGGAUCCUCAACUCCCUUAGUUUGAAACUGUGAAUAUCCUCAAUAACAAUGCUUACUGCUCUGUCUUUACUUAUUCCAUCUUGUCUGCAGAUUGAGCAGGAUUUCAGUCUGAUGUUUGAUGAUGCCAUCUCUGCAAGGUUCCUGGAGAAGUGGGCCAUAGUCCACAAAAGGAAAGUCUUUCAACUAAGCCGGGGC